AUGUUCGGCGUACAGGGAAUUGCACUCUUCGGACUAGUAGCGCUCUUUGCAGUCUUAGCAUGGCGUCACAGUCGAAGGCUGCCUCUUCCUCCAGCUUCGACGAGUUCCGGCGACUCCCACAUACAGCCCUGGAGGGCUUAUGCCGAGCACUCUAAAACUCUUGGACCUCUUUUGACUGUGAGCUCGUUGGGCCGCCAGGUCCUCGUCAUCAACACGGUCGAAGCCGUCACAGAACUGCUCGACAAGCGUAAAAACUUUGCCUGCAGACCGCGAUGGCCCAUGGCAGACCUGUUGGGGCGUCAGAAGAACGUCGGCUUCCAGUACUACGGAGAGCGCCUCAAGCAGUCGCGCAAAGUGCUCCACAGUUCGCUGAACGCAAACGUCAUCCGCACGACAUGGAACGGUAUUCUCGGCGAAUAUUCUUCUAAGCUCAUGCUUCGCUUCCUGGAAUCUCCUGAGACGUUCUAUGAGGACGUGCAUCGCUGUAUCGAUCUACUGAUCGUCCGCUUCGCCUACGGUCGCGAGCCUGACGCAGAGCACCUUCAGCUCGCGAAAUCUGCAAUGCAAGACACGAACGAAGCGCUGCAGCCGGGCAGAUGGCUGGUUGACACUAUUCCCGCUCUCGCCUACGUCCCUUCCUGGUUUCCUGGUGCAAGUUAUAUGCGAUGGGCGCGGUCUGCUAGAGAAAAAUACCAGAUGUUGACGCAGACGCCCUUUUUACGCGUGAAAUGUGACCUGCAAUUCAAUGGAGAUGCUCCUCUGUCGUUCGCCCGUCACGCCCUUGAAACGUCUGCUGGGACAGCCGAGGAUGAAGAUGUCAUUAUGUCAGCGGCUGGCAGCCUUUACAGCGGUAUGUGCACCACUUCCAAGAACAGUGCAGUCUUGAACGCCAUACUGCUACUUACCCUCCACCCAGAGGUCCAGUCCCGGGCCUAUGCUGAGCUCCUGGCCGCUGUAGGCUCUGAUCGCCUCCCAGAGACGCAGGACAUGAACUAUCUGCCGUACAUGAACUGUGUCAUUCAAGAGUGCCACCGUUUCAGUCCUGCCGUUCCACUUGUCACCCAUUCCAACAUCGACGAGGACUCGUACCUUGGCUACCGCAUUCCCAAGAAGACGUGGAUCAUGGCCAACGUCUGGGCGAUGCUCCACAACGAGAAAGAGUACGGACACCCCUCCGACUUCAACCCGGAUCGGUUCGCACCGGAGAAAGGGAAGCCUGUUCCAAGGGACCCUCGAACGGUGCUCUAUGGCUUUGGCCGCAGGGUUUGUCCCGGGCUGCAUUUCGCGAACCACUUCAUAUUCCUGGUGAUAUCGAGGCUCAUCGCGUGCUUCGAGCUCCAUCCUCAGGAGCUAGAGGGGAAAACGAUGCGCCCGCCACUGCAGUACACCACUGCGCUGAUCUCGUAA